UUCAUAAUCUCAUUUCGAUUCAAAAUGGCGGACGAUGUACAAGUUCCUAUUCAAGCGAAAAUCCCAGUCCGAGAAAUCGUGAAAUUAGAGUUUGAAUUACAAAAUAUUAUUCAAGAAAUAAGAGAAUGUGAUGGUCCAAUAUCUGUGUUAAAUGAAUUGAACUCGAAGAUAAAAAUCAAAAUGACUGUAGUCAAACGAAAGGUUGAGACGCUCAAUCAACUUGCAAAUGAACAAGACAAAGAUGUAGAUAGUGAAGCAAUAUUAACAGUUAUGAACAAACACAAGAGUGAAAUUACAAGCUUACAAGCAUCUAUAAGAAAAGUGAAUCUUGCAUGUAAGACAAAGAUUGACCAAAAUGAACGAGAGAGUUUACUUUCAGGAAGAUCCACAGAGCUUAGAUAUAGGAAUUUUAAGAAAGAAAAUUUAGCAGCAACAUCAAGUAACAUAACGAAAGAUCUUAUGAGUUGUACCAAACAAAUGGAGAGUCAYGUAAGACAAGCAGAGAAUGAUUUGCAACUAUUAGCAACCUCAUCAGCAACAGUCCAAGAAACCCAGGAAGAGUAUAAAGGACUGASUGGCAUCAUUCAUAUCAGUAAGAAUUUGUUAAACAAAUACAACCGACGAGAGAUAACUGAUAGACUACUAAUAAUAUUUGGAUUGAUAUUAUUUUUUACCACAGUUCUUUAUGUUAUGAAAAAGAGAAUCUUGUGACUGUAGGCCUGUGAGUGAUAUUUAUUAAUUAAUAAUAAAAAAGAAUGAAUUUGAA